AUGCACCGGACGAGGGCCGUCGACUUCCUCGGGCGACGCACGCCCAUCGUCUACCAGAACGAUAAUGGGCCCUGCCCCCUCCUCGCCAUCUGUAACGUGCUUCUGCUGAAGAAUGUGAUCAGCCUGAACCCUGACGAGGGCGAGGUGUCGCAGCAGAAGUUGCUCUCGCUCGUGGCCGAGCGCCUCAUCGACCCCAACAUCGCCGUACAGGACAAGGACGAGGAGUAUGUUCGCAACCGGGAGCAGAACGUAGCUGAUGCCAUUGAUCUUCUCCCGCGCCUCGCGACAGGCAUUGACGUGAACGUGAUGUUCAGGAAGAUUGAUGACUUUGAGUUCACCCGAGAACGUGCUAUAUUUGAUCUUCUGGAUAUCCCACUAUACCAUGGAUGGAUAGUGGACCCUCAGGAUACUGAAACUGCUACUGCUAUUGGAUCGAAGUCCUACAAUGCUCUUGCCUCCGGACUUGCUGAAUUCAAGUCAGGUGACCUUGAGGAAGAAGAGGAACUGAUGAGGGUCCUCAAUCUAUCCAAAGCUGAAAGUGGGGAUGCAGUUGAUGGAGAAGUUUCUUUUGACACUUCACAUAGUCAUUCAUCGUCCAACAUGGAGACACCACAAAGUGAGAGUUUUCAGUCAGAAGCACCUGAGGUGGUGGGGGCAGCAAAAGAGGAACAUGGCGAUCACGCUGUGAGUGAUGAUGGCUCCAUGCUCACAAAUGGUGCUGUUAAUGGCAGUGAAGUUGUGCCUGAAGAAUCCCAAGAAACUUUGACAUCUAAAGAACCAGAGGACAGUGAAAUAAAGAAUAUGUUACCAGGGGACCUUGAUAUACCCGUUCAAUCUUCAGAAUCUACUCCCUCUUGUCCGUCUCAUGAAUCCUUUGCUACCAGUGAUCACCAACCUGCUGUUCCUACUCUUGUUGAAGGUGAUAAAGAAACCUGCAGAGAACAGUUUGAUGUACAAAUUCAUGGCCAGUCUAAUGAUACUGAGGCUGCUUGUGACUCGUCAGUUGCAACUUGUGGAGCUGUUCCAGGUCAUGCUACAACAGAACUGGAUGUGAAAAGUGAUUCUUUAGAUAAAUCUGAGCCUCGACCUUCAAGCAUUCAGGAAUGUGAACCAAUAUACCAAGGUGAAGAGCACGUACUUGGCACCACAAAUAUGGUGUAUGAAAAUCAAGAGCCAGUGUACGAGGGGGAGGUGGUUCUUGCUGAGCAGGCUGACAAGACUGGGGAAAGCAGCCCUUCCGUGGAUGACAAGGCCACAGAACAUCAAUGGGAGCUGAUUGAUAAUUUUCUGCAGACCACUGCUAACCAGCUGACUGUCUAUGGUCUCUUCUGUUUACAAGAGGGACUUAACGAAAGUGAGCUUUGUGUCUUCUUCCGUAAUAACCACUUCAACACUAUGUUCAAGUACAACGGAAGUCUAUAUCUCCUAGCAACUGAUCAAGGUUUUAUAAGCCAAACUGAUUUGGUAUGGCAAAGGUUGGAUGAGGUGAAUGGAGAUGGGGUUUUUCUUACCAGCAACUUCACACCAUUUAAGGCUGAAACUCCAAGAAAUGAUUCAUGGAAUGAACAGCAAGCUAUGACGAGUACUGCUGAUUAUCUUGCUCAAUUUGACAACACUUCUGGAAACUCUGAUCUGGAGCUAGCUAUAGCACUUCAACAGCAAGAGUUUGAGCGGCAACCACAAAGGUUUCAAGCUCCACCACCCCAGCAGCAGCAACAACAGCAACAACCACCUCAGACGCAGCACCAACCGACUCAAUCUGGCCGACCAGGACUUGUUGUUGGUCAAAGGAGGUCCAACGUCCCACCUCCGUCGAGAAGUGAAUCGAAGAAAGAGAGGUGCAUUGUGAUGUAA